UUGAUGGCUGCUGCUGGAGUAACUGGUCGGCUUCUAAAAUUAUAUUUUUUAAAAUCAGUGAAUAUUUUUAUAAAAUUAGAGAUGUCACUACCACAAAACAAUCGCAACAAACGAUCAGCUGAAGAAGCAACAUUUGUUACUGGGGAUACGCCCAGUCAGAAACGCCAACGCCCUUUAACAGUAAACACAGACGGAAAUGACUCAACCGAGAACUGGACUCCAGAAUUGCAAUUUCAUUAUGAAAACAUGUUAGAGAAAAUUGACAAUGUCACAUACUGGGCUGAACUGGCGAAGGACGCGUUGAACGAGGUGUUAAGUACUUUUACUGAAAAUCGUCAAAUAUUGUUGGAAAUGGUGGAGCAACUCAACUCGCUGGAAAAUUCCGAGGAUCGUAUUUCUUCAUCAACAAACGCCUCCGAAGUUCCAAAAGUUAUGGAAGAAACGAAGAAGCAGAAGAUACCAGAUAGUGAUAAUGACAGUGACAGUUAAGCUUUAAAGACUUGAAACACUGUGAAAGCUUAAAUGUUAAAACAGUGAAAAAAACGACAGCAAACACCAAAGCAAAGUGCCACAAGAAACAUAAUUUAUACACUUAAAUUAAUUUUUUGUUAAGCUUGAACUAGAUAUUUAAUUGCACAAUAUUGCCAUAUCAUUUAAUUUCAUUCCAAAGGUUCAAGUUUAUAGAAAAUUGUAGUGUAUAAAUUGCCCGUCUAAUUUUACUUACAGUAUUUAGUCAUAAUUAUAAGUCACUAGUCUAAGUAACGUUUUUCGUUUUCUAGCUCCUCUUCAACUUUUGAGGUGAGUGAGGCAGCGAUGAAUGUUCCUUUUCUUCAAGUCUCUACUUUAUCGCCAAAAGGUCAAAAAAGUGACAUUCUGGUGUACCGACCGAUGAUAAGAAGUCAUUUCAGACUUAGUUAAACUAUUGUAGCGCUAAUUAUUCAGUUGCUGGCAGUUUAUUGCAAAGAAGACUUAAGGAUUUGAUUAUUUUUCUCCUAUCCCUCAAAAGUUAAGCAAAUGAAGCGAAAUAACAAAAAAUAUUGUAUGUCUAGCCGUCUAGUGACGAUAUUCUGUUAUUUGCUCUAGUUUGUGACGCAUAUGUACAUAAAUAGGGAAAAAUUUUUGCUCUUUGUCGCGUUACAAUAGUUAUAAAUACGCCCGAAGUCUCGCGCCAUAACCUUAAGCUUAUAUCGCAAGUGCGUCAUUAUCAGAAAACCGUCACUUCGCGGUCUUAUAAACCAAGUUUCAGGUCUAUUUUAUUUCGAUAUAUUUUCUGCCAUUUUUAGUCUCAUAGUUUUGUAAUUCCGAAUUAUAGCCUGUAAGUUUCUUAACAAUACGAGCUGUGAUAUUACAAAUAUUACUCAUAUUUAUAAGUACUGUAUUUACUUAUAAAUUAACUAACACUAAUUAUCAUCUUCCCUCACGGGGAUUUUAAAUAGUGAGAACAGUAAAAAGACUUUUGAUUUUACUGUCUCAAUAUUUUUUAUAAACAGUUUAGAGAAGAAAUCUCAAAUGGCUGAAUCUAAGGCCUUGAUUUUACAAAAUUAUAAUAAAUCGUUUAAGUGUAAGGAUAUUUUUUAAAUUUUGUCAUUGAAAUUUAUACUGUUUUAAGUAACAUCAAUUUCAAGGACAUUGGGUGUUGACAGCCUCUUAAGUGGUAUUUAUGAUGUAAUACCACUAAUAACCAAGCUACAUAAUUACGUUCGGGACUGAAAUAGCCAUCACUAAACGUGUGUCGAUGUCGGCAAGCCAUUACAUCAUAUGUACUGUCAUUGUGUAGUUAACGUGUUUUAAUUAUUUUACUGGGAAUCCCAUUAAAUAUCCCAUUAAAAUAAGUGGCAGAUAAACUGUAUCCUAUAUCUAAAAUAUAAGCAUAUUCAAAUUUUAAAUUCUUAAAAAAAUAACGAUUGUGCAACUCAAAAUUCCAUUACAUCAAACCCCUUGACUAUUAAAUAUUUAUUUAUUUUCAGAAUGCAAGUUUUAAAAAUUGUAAAAAUGACAAAAACCAGACAUAAAUAAUGUUAAAUACCUACAAAUAUUUGUACCCAAAAAUAAACAACUUUCUUUUUCAAAAUAUACAAGGCACGCAUUUC